UCUUGUUGGCUGUUUCCUCCUCUCUUGUUGGCUGUUUCCUCUCCUAUUGUUGGCUGUUUCCUCUCCUCUCUUGUUGGCUGUUUCCUCUCCUCUUGUUGGUUGUUUCUGAGAAGUAAAGCGUGGAAAUCUUGUGGAGUCAACACGUUGGAAGAAUCGCUCAUCUGUGGGACGAGACCCUUCUGACUUCAGGACGUCCGUCUGGAAUUAGUUCCCCCUGAAGAACAAGAAUGAGUUCUCCACAAAAGAAAUGGAGAGGAAGAGGAGAAAAACGUCACCACUGUCAACACUGUGACAAAUCCUUCACAACGUCAACCUCUUUAAAGAUUCAUCAGAGAGUUCACACUGGAGACAAACCUUACAGCUGUGAUCAAUGUGGGGCAGCUUUCACACAACAGAGUAACCUAAAAAGACAUCAACGCGUUCACACUGGUGACAAACCUCACAGCUGUGAACAAUGUGGGAAAAGUUUUUCUGAAAGUGGUACCCUAAAAUCUCACCAGCGCAUUCACACUGGAGAAAACCCGUACUGGUGUGGAGAAUGUGGGAAAACGUUUUCUCAAAAUGCUAGCCUUAAAUCUCACCAGCUCGUUCACACUGGAGACAAACCUUACAGCUGUGAUCAAUGUGGGGCAGCUUUCACACAACAGGGUAACCUAAAAAAACAUCAACAUAUCCACACUGGAGAUAAACCUUACAGCUGCGAUUUAUGUGGUAAAACCUUUUUUCAUAGUGGUAACCUAGAAACCCACCGACGUGUUCACACUGGAGAGAAGCCAUACUGGUGUGAAGAAUGUGGGAAAAUGUUUUCUCACCAUAGUACCCUUAAAUCUCAUCAGCGCAUUCACACUGGAGAGAAGCCGUACUGGUGUGAACAAUGUGGGAAAAUGUUUUCUCACCAUAGUACCCUUAAAUCUCACCAGCUCAUUCACACUGCCUCGUAGUGAACAUGUUUCAGAGCCAAGCUGUUUCCUCCUGCCUCCUCCUCAUGCCCUUAUAGCUGUGUUGUU